ACUCAGUUGAGAGUUUCUCUUACUAAACCUCCAUUUUUGGUAUUAAAGUCUAUGGAUAUGGACAUAAAGAAGUUGAUAUUGGUUGUGCUUUCGUUGGCUCUAGUUUUCAGCCUGGCUGAGAGUUUUGAUUACCAUGAGAGCGACUUGUCCUCUGAGGAGAGUCUGUGGGAUUUGUACGAGAGGCGGAGGAGUCAAUAUACAAUCUCACGUGACCUGGAGGAGAAGCAAAAGCGUUUCAAUGUGUUCAAGGAGAAUCUGAAACAUAUUCACAAGGUGAACCAGAUGGAUAAGCCUUUCAAGUUGAAACUGAACAAGUUUGCAGAUAUGACCAACCAUGAGUUCAUGAGUACAAGGAGCUCAAAGGUUAGCCAUUACCGAAUGUUCCAUGGUCCAAGACGGUUGACUGAUUUUAGACAUGAGAAAACGAAUAACCUUCCACCUUCCAUUGAUUGGAGGAAGAAAGGGGCGGUGACUGGUGUCAAGGACCAAGGCAAAUGUGGUAGCUGCUGGGCGUUUUCAACUGUAGUUGCAGUGGAAGGUAUAAACCAAAUAAAGACGGGGGAGCUAGUGACUUUAUCUGAACAAGAGCUUGUUGAUUGUGAUAACCAAGGAUGUGAUGGAGGAUUGAUGGAACAAGCAUUUGAGUUCAUCAAGAAAAGUAAUGGACUAACAACUGAGAAUAACUAUCCCUACAGAGCAAAAAAUGAGUUAUGUGACACGUCCAAGUUGAAUGGUCCGGUUGUGAUCAUCGAUGGCUAUGAAAUGGUACCCGAAAAAGAUGAAAACGCUCUGAUGAAAGCUGUAGCAAACCAGCCUGUGUCUAUUGCUUUGGAUGCUGGUGGCAAGGAUUUCCAGUUCUACUCAGAGGGGGUUUUCCCCGGAGAUUGUGGCACCGAGCUGAACCAUGGGGUGGCAGUUGUAGGAUAUGGAGCAACCUCGGAUGGAACAAAGUAAUGGGUAGUAAAGAACUCGUGGGGUGAAAACUGGGGAGAGAAAGGCUACAUACGAAUGAAACGAGAUGUUGAUGCGGAAGAAGGGCUUUGUGGUAACUUUAGAAGCAUCAUACCCAGUGAAGCUGCAGUCUAA